CUUGCGCCGGCGCGACCAAGAUGGCGGCGCUCAGUGGUGGCGGGACGCGAUGGCGGCGGGGCUGGCUGCCCGCCCUGCAGCUGCUGCGGCACGGCUCCAAGGCGGUGACGCGGCACUGGAAGGCCAUGCACUUCCAGCGGCAGAAGCUGCUGGCCCUGACCGAGUACCUGCCCCCGCGGCCCGCCCCGCCGCCCCGCUGCCUGCCCCGGCCGGCGCCACGACAGCAGCAGGAGGACGGCUACGCCCGCGUGCUGCGUGCCCAGCUGGAGGCCACGCUCCGUGCCAGCCGCAUGGUGGCCGUGUGCCAGUACAACGCCAUGGCCGACGAGGACGUGGCCACGCUGCGGCACUUCCUGCGCCGCCACGACAUCCACGUCAAGUUCGUGCUCAACGAGGUGGCCCGGCCGGUGCUGGCGCAGUCCAAGCUCAGGAAUUUGCUGCCGCUGUUCGUGUGCAGGAACAUCCUGCUGGUGAGCCCGGAGCCGCGGGCCAGGGAGAUGCUGAGAGUGCUCAAGGGGGUGCCCCAGGUCAUCCUGCUGGGCGCCUGCAUCGACGACACCAUCCUGAGCCGGCAGGGCGUGGAGAGCGUGGCGCGGCUGCCGCCGCUGGAGCUGUGCCGGGGCCAGACGGCGGCGGCGCUGUCCGCGCUGCCCGCGCAGACCUGCUCCCUGCUGCAGCGCGGCCCCGCGCACCUCGCCGCGCUCCUGGAGCAGCACCUCCGGCAGCUGCGGGGCACGGGCGGGGCUGCGGAGCCUGCCCCGGGCCCGGGGAAACAGUGACACCGGGCACCGGGACCGGCUCCUUCCCUGGCCACGGGAAAUGGGGAGCCCCCCGCAUGGGGGGCUGGAGGGUCAUGGACACAAUCCCCAUGGGAUUCUGCAGCUCCACGGAGAAUUGGGGCGGGGGGUUUGGCACUGAGGGUCCCGUGCCCCCCCCCAGUCGUGGCCGGUCCCCUGUGCUCCCUUGGGAUCGUCCCAGCAGCGUUGCAGCUGUGCUCGUUGCAGCUGUGAUUGUCCCAGCUGUGCUCGUUGCAGCUGUGAUCGCUCCAGCUGUGGUCGGGGGUCUCUGGGAGCAGCCAGAGGAGGAGCAGGAGCGGGAUGGACCCUGCAGGGGGAUUUGGGUCCAUCCCCGGUGCCUUGGCGAUGGGGCUGUGCUGUGACACUGCCCCCGCCCCGGCUCCCUGCCCUGCCCAUUAAAGUGUCCGUGUGGAGA